GAUUGCCGAUGCGUCGCGUCGGCAUCGUAUCGUCGGAAUUUUGCUAGUUCCAAGUUCCACUGCGGCUUGUUUGGUGUACGUUACGACGAGGCGGCUUGUGAGAAAAUGGGUUUUCACGAGACGUUGAUAGCGCAGGUUCAAAGUUACAGAGCGUUAUACGAUGAGAAGGACAAGAAUUACAAUAACCACCAAAGAAAGGAAGAAAUAUGGCAGAUAAUAUCACAGGAGAUUGGGGAAACCAGUGAAUUCUGUAGACACACUUGGACAAGAAUGCGAUAUAACUAUAGAAAAGCCAGAAGGAUAAGGACAAUUGAAAUGCGUCGAGGCGUGAAAAAGAGCAAACCCAUUAGAUUCGAAAAAGCAUUGACAUUCUUAAAUCCCCAUUUGAAAAGAGAAUUGAAACCAUCUGAUGUGCCAAUUCCUCGUGUUGCUGUUGAACCCAACCCAAAUCUUGAUUCAAUGAAAAGCGGUUUGAGGUUCGAAAAGUCGUCGGUUCGAAGUAGCAGCUUGAAUCGAACGCGUGAAAAUGUACAGCAGCCACCAGUGCAGGACCACCUAAGAUUUAACCACGGACAGCAGAUAUCGCAGCAGUCAAGCGUAGACCCUCUGGAUAUGUUUUUUUCUUCGAUGGCCGCAACGGUGAAAACGUUUCCAGCGCCGUUACAGCUGAACACCAAACAGAUGAUCUUCCAAGUUGCGACAGACGCUGAAGCAACAUUAAUAAAUCCCGUACCAUCAGAAGUCAUCUCUGACCAACGCUAUAAGUUCUGAAAUACAUUUAAAACCAGAACGAGUCAUGAAUGACAUCACUUUACAUAAUUUAAUAAACUUAAAUUUAAGAACGAAUUAAUUUUCAGUUUUGUGUAUUUUUCUUUUGUAGUUAUCUUUAAAAAUAUGUUAAAUAAUUCUGCAGUUAUGUUACUUAUAUUACUACAAUUUUAAUUCGAAUACAGGAUGUGUUCUAUUUUGAUACUAAAUACACUUAAAUACUAAUAAAUAUACCUAACUACUUCU